AAAAGAAGGAAAGGAAGCGGUGGAAGAAGAACAGGAGUGAAGUAGAGAGGACGAGAAACGGAGUUUAUACACUAAGGGUCGCUUUAAGGAAAGUGCGAAAAGACAUGAGAUUUGUGUAGAUUGUGGGCAGUUUUACUAACUGAGGAAGAGGAGGAGGAGGAGGACGCCAUAAGACUCGUCACCUUUGUUGAGAAGAAACGGACGAGUUUUUAUUUAACUCCAAAGGUGGACUGACACCUCGAGGAUCAUCAUGGACUCCAGAAGGAACCGCGCAACCACGGUGGCAACUUUGUUUCACACGGGCUGCUCGCUUUUCAUCACAUGCCUUGUUCCAUGGACCGUCGCGUUCAACCUUGAUGUAGAGAACCCGGUGAUAUACACAGGACCCGCAGGCAGCUAUUUCGGUUAUUCUGUGGACUUUUACAUGGCACAGUCAAUACGAGAUGCAAGCAUCUUAGUUGGAGCACCAAAAGCCAACACCAGCCAGCCGAACAUCACAGAGGGAGGCUCUGUGUUCUUCUGCCCAUGGAGCCAUGACCGGUCUGACUGCCACAGCAUAGAGUUUGACCAGCAGGGAGAUAUGAGCAUCGAUAAUGGUGAAACCCAAGUUGAGUUCAAGUCCUACCAGUGGUUUGGAGCAACUGUACGUGCACAUGAAGACUCUGUCUUGGCUUGUGCCCCUCUCUACUCCUUGAGAGCCCAACAGGACCGGCUUGAGGCAGAGGUCACCGGCUCCUGCUACCUGUCUGAUAAAAACUUCACCAAAUUUGUGGAGUAUGCUCCCUGCCGUACAGAAUUCCGUGAAAGUGGUGGCCAAGGUUACUGUCAAGGUGGAUUCAGUGCUGAUUUCACCAAGGAUGGGAAGGUAGUACUUGGAGGACCAGGAAGCUAUUAUUGGCAAGGACAGCUCAUCACUGCUGUGAAGGAGGAAAUCAUCAAGGCCUACUACCCAGGUUAUUUACUUACAUCAGUGGCAGGCCAGAUUCAGACCAAGCAGAAAGAACAUGCAGUCAUAUUUGAUGACAGCUACAUGGGCUACUCUGUUACAGUAGGAGAAUUUAAUGGAGAUGAUGAUGAAGACUUUGUUACAGGAAUUCCCAGAGGUGAACUUCUGCAUGGCCAGGUGUCUAUUCUUAACAACUCUUUGGAGACCAUGAAAAUCAUUAAUGGUGAACAGAUGGGCUCCUACUUUGGCUCUGCUGUGGCUGCUACAGACAUCAACAAUGAUGGACUUACAGACUUGUUGGUUGGUGCUCCCAUGUUCAUGAUGCGUGACUCAGAUGGGAGGUUGGAGGAAUUGGGGCGAGUGUAUGUGUAUCUACAAAUGGGUCCACUGGAGCUUGUACCACAUCUACCUCACCUCACUGGCACACAAGUUUUUGGUCGGUUUGGCAGCUCUAUCACACCUCUGGGAGAUCUCAACCAGGAUGGCUUUAAUGACAUUGCUAUCAGUAGUCCAUUUGGUGGGAAAGAUGAAAAAGGAUUGGUCUUCAUCUAUAAUGGUUAUGCUAAGGGACUCCGUGAGAAGCCUUCUCAAGUGAUUACUGGUCAGUGGUCAUCAGCUGCCCCUCCUGCACUUCCUGCCAUUUUUGGUUAUACCAUGAAAGGAGGAAAAGACUUGGAUCACAAUGGCUACCCAGAUCUCAUUGUUGGAGCUUUUGGAGUAGACAAGGCAGUUCUUUACAGGUCUCGCCCAAUUGUUAACACAAGUGCCACCUUAAUUGUGUACCCAACAAUGAUCAAUCCUGAGGAGAAGACCUGCACCAUCAGCAGUGGAAACCAAACCACACAUGUUUCUUGUGUCAACUUGAGCUUCUGCCUUUCAGCCAAUGGGAAGCACCUUCCAGAAGAUCUAGUGUUUAAUGUCGAAGUGCAGCUGGACCAGCUGAAGCAGAAGGGAGCUGUUCGCAGAGCUUUGUUUUUGGACACCCAGCAGGCCAGCUUGCAGAGGAAACUGAAGGUGCCCAAUGAAGCCAAGGUCUGCCACAAGACCAAAAUCUACCUGAGGGAUGAAAAGGAGUUUCGGGAUAAGCUCUCCUCCAUCUUUAUCACCCUCAACUUCAGUCUGGAUGAACAGGCUCCCACAGACAGACAUGGCCUCCAGCCGAUCCUCAACUACCAGACCACUGAGCUGAUUGAACAGAAGGCCCAAAUCUUACUGGACUGUGGUGAAGACAACAUCUGUGUCCCUGACCUGAAACUUUCUGUUGAUGAUGGUGGCAGGAAGGAAGUGUACAUUGGGGAUGAUAAUGCACUAACCCUGACUUUUAAUGCUCGGAAUGAUGGAGGCGGCGCCUAUGAAGCUGAGCUCUAUGUCGUGCUUCCUUCGGAGGUGGACUACAGUGGAAUUGCCCGCAAUAAUGAGAGUUUGACUCAGCUGACGUGCAGCUAUGAGACAGAAAACCAGACACGCUACCUUAUCUGUGAUCUAGGAAAUCCCAUGAAGUCUGGCACCAAUUUGUGGGCAGGUCUGCGUUUCACUGUGCCUCGGCUGCAGGAUUCACAGAAGGUGGUACAGUUUGACUUGCAGAUUCGCAGUAAAAAUGAGAAUAACUCUCAGAGUGAGGUUGUCCCCUACAGGCUAGAUGUGGUGGUCAAGGCUGAAGUUAUUUUACAGGGUGUGUCCCUACCAGAUAAGGUCUUUUUCCCACCUCCAAACUGGAAGGUGAUCAAGAAUGUUGCAGUGGAGCAGGAAAUUGGGCCUCAAGUACAGCACAUAUAUGCGUUGGUAAAUAAUGGUCCAAGCCGUAUUAGUCACACACACCUUCAGCUGAAAUGUCCCAUGAAGCUGCAGUCCCAGAGGUUUAUGUACCCUUUGGAGAUCAUCACUGAGGGGCCUGUAAACUGCACAACAGGCAAUAUUAUGAACCCUAUGAACAUAAAGCUUCAGCAGUCCACAGAGCAGCCUCCUUUAUUGCACCACCACAUUGAGAAGCGUGACGCACACAGGGGGGAACUGCCCGAGCUGACGAACCUGUCCUGUUCCAAUGUUGAAUGCUGGACCUUGCAGUGUAAUGUGGGUUUAUUGGAGAAAGGUACCAGUGCUAUAUUCCAGGUGCGUUCACGCAUGUGGGGCGAGACUUUCAACAUGAAAAAGUAUAAGAAUUUUAUUCUGGAGUGUGUAGCUAGUUACACAGUGGAAAAGAUGCCAUAUGCCAUUUUGCCCAAGGAGAUUCCAGCUGGGUCUAAAACGUUGACCACACCUGUGGUCUGGAAUAAACCAGACAGUCAUUAUGAUGUGCCUUUGUGGAUCAUCAUUCUGGCAAUACUGGCUGGGCUUUUGUUGCUGGCUCUGCUUAUCUAUGUUCUGUAUAAACUUGGUUUCUUUAAGAGAACUCCCUAUGGCACUGCCAUGGAAAAAGCACAGCUGAAACCUCAGGCUGCAUCUGAAGCUUGAAGCAGGCCUGGGACUGUUCAGUAAGGAUGAAAGACCACUGGAUAUCCAUUGCACUGCACUGCACUGGACGGAAAGACCCCAAGGACUCAAAGCCAAAUGAAUGUUUUCUUUUUAAUGUUCUUUUUGUUGCCUUGUUUUGCUGUGGGUUUGGAUUGCAUUCACCAGUAUUAGCCUCACACUUGGUUGCAAUUUUUAGAGCCUGGUUCUAUGGACUGAAAGUCUCCUACUCGUUGUGAAGGACAUCAUCUUAUUUCCCCUGCACUCAUCUAUGCUGUGUUCACUGUCUUUCUUUCUUUUGUUUAACAUAUUUUGGUGCUAGAAAAUGUGUUCACGUUUUACUCAUUUAAAAAAAAAAAAAGUGUCAAUAGUUUCAAGCUCCUCUGUUUUUAGAAUUUGAAUUUUAAUACUAUAUUUUACACACAACCAGUGACUUUAUAUACAUUUUAUUUUUCCAGGGAAUGAGGUCAGACUAGCACAAUCCUAAACAAUACAAUCUUUACUUUCUGCUGUGUCCAAUGUUUUCAUGUUUGAUGUAAAAAGACAAUUGUGUUAGUCAUCUUAGAAGGUAGGCUUAAAGAAUAAUGGGUUUCAGAGGAAAGUGGGUGUUUUUUUUUUUUUUUUUGUGUGUGUGUUUUCUAUUGUCCACCUCUGUAAUUAUAUAAACUCGGGUUGGUGUCUGUCUCAGGUGAUAAAGUCGAACAGCAGUGCUCCGAUCAGGUGUGCCACACUCAAAUGGGCUUGGAAAUCUAUUGAGGAUUAUACUCCAAGUGCAACUGUUCCCUCCUGCUGACCUAAUUAACAAGAGUGUUGCCUUAUAAAGUCAUCUGGGACAUGACUGGAUGCACACCAAGCCUGUGAAACCUCAUGAAAUGCCUUGAAGCAGAGCUGUGCUUUGCCGAUAUAUAGGACAGACUUGUGCCCUAUGGCACACAUAGUAGGAAGUAGUAAGCGGUCGGUGAAGGCUCACUGUGUACACAGUGGGAGUCCUUCCUAUCUGUGCAAAGUACAGAAAACCCACUGUAUACAGUUGGAAUGGGGUUGUCUCAAAGUGUGUAAUGGUCAGUGCACCUGUCAAAUGAGUACUGUUAUGUGUCUGUAGAUGUUUAGAGAGAUGGUGAGUAAGUGAAAGACAAUCCCAGUCCAAGGCAGCAGUCUUAUCCAGGGACAGAAUGUGGAAGACACACCUUUUUAGUUUGUGUUUGUCUGUCUGGUGUAUGUAUGUGCAUACAUUGUGUGUCUGGCUUUAUUGAUGUAAUAAGAAAGAGGGGUUUUCCUAGUUGCGUACAUCUCUUUUUGGCCAUCCUGAUAUUUAAUAGCAUAUGAAUGCUAAUGCAGAGCCUGGUGGCGAAGUGGACAGAGAUGCUGCGUUCAACUGCAUUAGACAUUUAUUAACUGCAAGAAGGAAAGAGAAUGGGCAUAGGGAAGUUUUAGGAUCUGUAUGUAAAGUGCAAUACUUUUUUUUUUUUUUUUUCCCCUUCUCCUUUUCAUCUUUAUUGUAUUUUUUGCUUUUUGUUACUACACCAGUGUUUUUGUACAAACAACAACCUGUCAAGUUGGAGUGAUUAUGCAGGAGAGUUUGACAAUUAUUUAAAUAAUCAAAUGUAUGAAAAUGCCCCAUCCAUAUAUUUUAAAAAAGGUUUGUUUUGAGCUGUCAAGGCUUUGUUUGAUGAUGUCAGUAAUAUAAUACUCUGAUCACUACACUAUCAUCCUUUAACAAGUGGCACUAUCCAAGAGAGAAAAACAGAAAACUGAGUUAAAAUGCUGUGGAUUAUUAUUAUUUUAAAAUGGUGUGUUUGUUGGAAUGUUCUGUAAUACCUUGACUGCAAAAAUAUUGUUUUAAUUACACGUUGUUUAGAAAUAUUACAAGCCUUGUUACAAAUUGAGACUCAAAUAUCAUUUGUUUGUUCUUAAUGUUGGGUUCAGUUUCAGACAUUUAUUUAUACCUCCAAACCUUUUUUUUUUUUUUUAAACAUUUCUGCAGCAGGAAGCACUGGUUAUAUUUUGUCUCCCAUCCCAACCUUUUGUCCUACCCACAUCAUUUAUUUGUUUUAUUAAGUUGUAAAUGUGAUUCGGCAAGAUAUAUAAACUAAAACUCUUAUCUGACAUAAAAAUUACAUCACCCCAUAUUGGGGAUAAUUGGAGGGAUGGUAAAGUAAUUAUUUGUAUGGUAUUUUCCAAUUUGCAUUUCAAAUAAAUCUUUCCAUUUUUAUGA